AACAAAACAAGUUAUACGGAGUACAAAGUAAAACAAAAGAAAAUUUUGAAAAAACCGCGCUUCCCUUUCUCUGGAUAAUGGAAGCUUUGUUUGUUUCUCAGUCAUGCUAGCAAAGCCGAACUUCUUACAUGUCCGCCUACGUUUGCCUUUCUCAGAAUUUGCGCUUCCAAAUCUUAAAUACUCAACUUCUUCAAACACCCUUUUGAACGCCGGCGCUAAAACAAACAAAUUCUUGAUUUAUUGUAACACCCAGAUCGCAAAUAAUGGCCGAAACGGAAACAUUAAAGAAGCUGAAUCCAUUUUCAACCGUAUGGCCACCAAAAAUAUCGUUUCUUGGACCGCAAUGCUUACGGCAUAUUCCCAAAACGGGCAACUCAAGAAAGCUCGUGCACUGUUCGAUGAAAUGCCUGAAAGAAGUGUCGCUUCGUGGAAUGCGAUGCUGACGGCUUAUAUGAGAAAUAGAGUUGAAAUUGAUGGGAUAUUCAGUUUUUUUCAGCUGAUGCCGGAGAGAAAUUCGGUGUCUUUUGCUGCAAUGAUUACGGGGUUUGUUAAUGCAAGGAGGUUUGAUAUGGUGGAGAAUUUGUAUAAUCAGACUCCUAUGGUUUUGCGGGAACCUGUUUGUUCGAAUGUAUUGAUAAAUGGGUAUUUGAAAGUUGGAAAGUUAGACGAUGCAGUUCGUGUUUUUGAUGGUAUGGUUCGAAAAGAUAUUGUUUCUUGUAGUGCAAUGAUUGAUGGGUACUGCAAGAAUGGGAGAGUUAUUGAGGCUCGGGAGUUGUUUGAUGCGAUGAAAGAGAGGAAUGAGGUCACUUGGGGUGCUAUGAUUGAUGGGUAUAUGAAAGUUUGUUGUUUCAAAGGUGGGUUUGAAUUGUUUCUAAGAAUUAGAAGGGAAGGUGAUGUGAGAUUGGAGCCUACUAUACUAACGAUCAUGUUUGAAGCUUGUGGAAGAUUUAGUAAACAUCAACAAGGUUAUCAAGUCCACGGAUUGGUUUUCCGUUUGGGAUUUGAGUUUGAUGUUUUCUUGGGUAAUUCACUGAUCACUAUGUAUUCUAGAUUUUGUUGUGUAGAUGCAGCUAAACGUGUGUUUGAUUCGAUGUUAAGGAAAGAUGUCAUUUCGUGGAAUUCUCUUAUUACUGCUUUUGUUCAAGCUGGAAAUCUUGAAGAGGGAUAUGAGCUUUUCAAAAGGGCUCCGGAAAAAGAUGUUGUUUCUUGGACAGCCAUGAUCACAGGGUUUUCUGAAAAAGGGUUGACUGAAAGAUGUGUUGAUCUAUUUGCAAUGAUUCCCGAGAAAGAUGAUGUUGCAUGGACAGCUCUUAUCUCUAGUUUUGUAAAUAAAAGGGAAUAUGAGGAGGCUUUUCGCUGGUUUAUUAAAAUGCUUCAAAGUGAAGUUAGACCAAAUCCUCUAACUUUAAGUAGUAUGCUUAGUGCUUCAGCUGGUCUGGCAAUGUUAAAUCAAGGUCUGCAAAUUCAUGCUUAUGUUAUGAAAACGAAUAUGGAGAUAGAUCUGUCUAUCCAAAGUUCUCUUAUCUCAAUAUAUUCCAAGUGUGGAAGUUUAAAUGAUGCCUACAGGAUCUUUAAGCUCAUAAGUUUCCCGAAUAUUGUUUCUUUCAAUGCGAUGAUUACUGGAUUUGCCCAAAAUGGCUAUGGCAAAGAAGCAGUUAAGUUGUUUGACCAGUUGCAGAAUGAAGGUGAGCAACCUAAUGGUAUCACUUUUCUAGGGGUACUUUCAGCCUGUAUGCAUGCUGGGCUCGUAGAAGAAGGAUGGAACUACUUCAAAUCCAUGAGAUCAUUAUACAACAUUGAACCGGGGCCUGAUCAUUAUACUAGCAUGGUUGAUAUCCUCGGACGAGCUGGUUUACUUGAUGAAGCAGUUAAUCUAAUAAAUUCAAUGCCAUUCAAGACACAUUCUGGGGUUUGGGGUGCUCUUCUGGCUGCCAGCAAGACUCACUUGCGUCUUGAUCUUGCAAAGCUUGCAGCUCAAAGGAUUUUGGACUUAGAACCAAGUAGUGCAGCUCCGUACGUGGUCUUGUCAGACCUGUAUUGCAUUGUUGGAAAGAAGAAAGAUGAGGAACAAGUUAGGCUGGCAAAGAAAUUGAAAAGAAUAAAGAAAUAUCCAGGUUGCAGUUGGGUUUUGUUGAAAAACAGCGUUGGUUUAUUUCUCUCCGGAGAUCAGUCCCAUUUGAACUUUGAAGAGAUCAGCUGCACAUUGUGGACAAUUUUGGAUGAAAUGAAACAAUUAAGUUGCAUAGACCAUGACCUGUUACCACAUUAAAAAAUGAUAAUUAGUGUGAGAGAAGGAUGUCCUCAAUUAUAACGCUUUUCCACCCACACAACUAAAACGAGACUGUCAUUUGCAUGCCGUAUAUCCAUAUGUUUUUCUUGGAUGGUUGAAGAGGAUAAUUGGUGUAUUAGCAAAAGCUGUAGAUAUUUUAAGAUACCAGUUUGGGUUCUAUAGUCAAGUGAUGCCUUCUGGAAGAAAUUUAAUGAGUUUCUAAAGGGCAUUACCAGACAUUCUCCAUUCUGCAAUGUUUGGCAAGUGGAAGUAUAAAAAGAUUGCCAUCCUGACUUAUUGAAUCACUGAGAUGAUAACAUGUCAAUAGGUCCAAGGCCUGCUUAAUUGAAAGGUGUUAGUAGUUAUUAUCGCUUGCAUGGUCCUCCUGCUAAGUUUUUGAAGGCAGAGUUACAGCAUCAUGUACAGCUCUCCCAUCUGAGAGGUUGCCCCUUUCUCCCUGGUUAGUUUACUCAUUCCUAGUGCCUACAUUUUCUAUUAAAUUUUGAAAAUAGAGAGGUAGAGUUAGGAGCUCAACAUCGGAAGAGCACCCUUCUUCGCUUUGGGAAAUUUGAGUUAGCUAUUGUGGUUUUUAUCCUGCAAUUUAAUCACUCAAUUGGAUAGUGAUUAUGUUCCUAACUUAAAAUCUGUCUAUACAUUUUGAAGCUGCAAGUCUGCAACCUUUUUUCUUAACCAAUAAGUAACUUUAUUUUGUAAAGUAUAGGGAUUAUUCACAGCAUAACAUUGUAGACAGGAAUUAUUCACAGCACAUGCAUAACCUUAGCAUCCUUGAGAUUGGUAGUAGCUGCAAUAAAAAACAGACAAAAAUGACAGUACACACUUUAGCUAAUUUCCACAUCCACCUUUACAACCAUCAUCCCUAUCUCCAGCAUAUUUGCUGCUACACCUCCACUGCAGUCACUUCCUCUGUAUCAUUAUUGAUGAAAGCUACUGUGGCAGCUACAGCAGCAGAUGCCCCUAAAAUAACCAUUCCACCAUCUUCUGUUACACUGCUUUUGGGUCUUUCACCAUUUUCAAGCGUCACGACAUGCUUGUAGAGAAGGAAAGCCUUGACGUAAUUGGUAAAGUUGUUGUCAUGUGAUCAGGAGGUCACGGGUUCGAGCUGUGAAAAUAGCUUCUUACAGAAAUGUAGGAUAAGACCCCGGACCUCUUGCAUCGGGAGCUUAGUGCACCGGGCUGCUAAAAAAAACGACAUGCCGGUAGAGGAGAUACAGAGGAUUCAUAUUUCUUGUCACGUUGCAGCGCCUUUUCUUUCCACCACAAUGGACAGAAAACAAAAUCAACAUUGGCAGCAUCAGAGCUGCGGAUGGUCAGUGCAGUUACAUAUGCUUUCUCUGCAUUUGAUCCGCAGAUGAUCUAGAAAUGUGUAAAUUAAAACCAUAAUUUCAAUCUACUACGUAUAAACUAAAGUCA